UCACCUCGCCGAGAUAAGGAUAGAAAAAAGAAUGAGAAAAGCAGAGACAAAGAAAAGAAGAAGAAUGAUGAGAUCGAAAAGAAAAAGGAGAAAGAUAUCGUCGAAAUAGUUGUGAUGAAAGAUAAGACAGAAGCUGAGUUAGAAUUGGAGCGAUUAAUGGAAGAAAGACGAAGAAAAGUGGAAAUUUGGCGGGCACGCCGAAACAAACAACAACAAAGCGCGGCUGAAACCGAAAAGGAAGAGAAAGGAGAGAGUUCUGGUUUGAAUGGCAGUGAUAAACAAGAGAAGAAAAUGUGGAGCCUCGAAGAUGACGAGGAUGAUGAUUUACAAGAAGCUGUGGGAUCGUCAGAUGUGAAACCAGAAGCUGCAACAGAGAAUGGAACGGAGCAGAAACAAGCUGCCGCCCAGGUAGAAGACGAUGAGGAAGAUCCCCUUGAUGCAUUCAUGAGCGGUCUAAGGAAAGAUCUGCAGAAAGACAGGCCCACGGGAGGUGUCAGAGUUGUGAACAUAAAUACAUCAAAAGAGAAAGAAAAAGGGUUGGUGUUAGAAAACGAGGAUCGGUCCGAUUUCGUUGUGGAGGAUAUUGAUAUGGAACAGGUACCUGCAAGUCUGUGUCACAAAGGGCGCAUGCUUCCAACAACAGAUCACUCGAAAGUGUACUACCGUCCAUUCAGGAAGGAUUUCUAUGUGGAGACACCAGAAAUCGCCAAAAUGACGAAAGAGGAGGUGAAAGCUUACAGAGAGGAGUUGGAUGGAAUCGAAGUGAAAGGAAACAAGUGUCCCAAACCCAUCAAAACAUGGGCUCAGUGUGGCGUCGAGUUCAAAAUCCUUCAACAACUGAAAAAGCUGGGUUACACGAAACCUACACCUAUUCAAGCUCAGGCGAUCCCUUGCAUAAUGGCUGGUCGUGACCUCAUUGGUAUUGCCAAAACAGGUUCAGGAAAGACGCUUGCAUUUCUCUUGCCGAUGUUCCGACACAUUUUGGAUCAGCCAGAACUGGAAGAGCUUGAUGGUCCCAUAGCGAUUAUCAUGUCGCCCACUCGUGAGCUUGCCAUGCAAACGUGGAAGGAAGCUAACAAAUUUGCUAAGGUCCUCGAUAUUCGAGUUGUAUGCGUAUAUGGUGGUGUAGGUAUAUCUGAACAAAUUGCGGAUCUGAAAAGAGGAGCUGAAGUGAUUGUAUGUACCCCUGGGAGAAUGAUCGAUAUGCUUGCAGCUAAUAGCGGGAAAGUAACCAACUUGCGACGAGUCACUUAUCUUGUCCUUGAUGAAGCUGAUCGAAUGUUUGAUAUGGGCUUUGAACCACAGGUCAUGAAAAUCAUCAACAACAUUCGCCCAGACCGACAGACCGUCUUGUUUUCAGCCACUUUCCCUCGCCAAAUGGAAGCGCUCGCAAGAAAGAUUCUCGAAAAACCGAUCGAAAUACAGGUUGGAGGAAAGAGCGUUGUAUGCGCUGAUGUGACGCAGAAUGCCGUGAUUUGUGAAGAACAUCAGAAACUACUUAAACUUCUUGAAUUGCUCGGAAUGUACUACGAAGAAGGGAAUGUAUUAGUAUUUGUUGAUAAACAAGAAAAGGCGGAUGAUAUUGUUGCCCAACUGAUGCGGAACGGAUAUUCUUGCGCACCGCUUCAUGGAGGAAUAGACCAGUUCGAUAGGGACUCAACGAUUACGGACUUCAAAAACGGAACCAUCAAAAUAUUGGUUGCUACCUCCGUUGCUGCUCGGGGCCUUGACGUGAAGAACCUGAUUUUGGUCGUUAAUUACGACUGUCCAAAUCAUUACGAAGAUUAUGUUCAUAGGGUUGGCAGGACUGGGCGUGCAGGAAACAAAGGCUACGCCUACACUUUCAUUUUACCUGAACAUCAAGAACGUAUGGCAGGUGAAGUUUGCCGCGCUUUUGAAACAGCGGGAGCGAAACCACCUCCUGAGCUGAAGGUCAUGUUCGAGAAAUUCAAAGCAGAAAUGGCAGCCCAAGGCAAAACUGUUCAUCUGGGUGGGAAAGGUUUUGCUGGAAGUGGUUAUAAGUAUGAUGAAGACGAGGCAGAAGCCGAAGCGACAAAGAAGAAGAUGACCCGUCUGGUUUGUGGCAUGGAACAUGGUGCGGAUGACGACGAUGAAUUGGAUGAACAGCUAUCGAUGAUGAUCAAGUCGAAACGAAGGGUUGUAGAAGGACAAAUGGGCCAAGGCUCGUUGAAAAAGACUUCUGACGUGGAGGAUAAGGUGGCUAAAGCGAAGGCAAUGGCAGAGAAACUUGCAACUCUUCGUAAUCUCAACGCACCUGCUGAAAAAGAUGCUGCCCAGAAAGCUGCUGAGGCGAUCAUGAAGGGUGGAGAUAUGGCGCCUAUUGAAAUGACGUCAAAGAUGAUUGCAAAGCAGUUGGCAGACAAAUUGAAUGAAAAGCUCAAUUAUCUCGGAGGAGAGGCACUACCAGAAAUGAAUCAAGAAGAGGAGUGGCAGUACUUUGAAGAGGAGCUGGAUAUCAACGACUUUCCACAGCAAGUGCGGUAUCGCGUCUGUAGUCGGGAAUCCCUUGGUCAUAUCUCUGAAUUUGCCGAUGUUGGUAUCUCAGUGAAAGGUUCACAUUAUCCACCGGGAAAGGAACCAAAAGACGGCGAGAGGAAGUUAUAUUUGUUGUUAGAAGCUCGACAUGAAAGAAAUCUGAAAUGUGCUAAAGAGGAGAUCAUCCGUAUAAUGAAAGAUGCUUUCCGGCAACUGACAGCGCAAAUGCAGCGAAGCGGACCGACGGGACGUUACAAAGUGUUUUGA